CGACUGGAACAUCUCGCCAGCGAACUCGAGCCCGAGGUCACUUUGACAACGCCUCCGGCGCGAAUCGACGUCUCCAAUCUCUUCGUCGGUCUGCGAGUGACCAAAGCCACAGAAAUGUCGCUGCUCGCCAAUCAAGAGGCCUCUAAAGCGGAUGAACGUCGCUUAAAAUGGCCUACAGAAUCGGUGGCGCCCAGACAUUCCGAUGGCAGAAGCUCCGAGAAGCCGUGGAGACGAGGCCUUCGCAAGAAACAAGUCAUUGUGAAUGUCGAGGUGGGCACGAUCAAAACCUUCCUGCUUGACUUUGAGAAGGCCUGA